AUGGUCACGACAGCCUUGGCCGGGCCACCUCCCGUGAAGCGCCGAGUGGAGCUGCCACAGGGCGUGAUCGUCUCGGUCUUGCAGGAAGGCGAUGGACGACACUUCCCACAGAAGCUGGUUGUUGCCCAUGUGGUGGGUCGCUUGCCCAGCGGAUGCGUCUUUGAAAGCACGGAGGGCAAAGGCCAAGCGCCCAUGACGAUGCUCCUGGGCAAGAAGGCCAUUAUUCCAGGGAUGGAGCUUGGACUGAAAGAGUUGUCAUUGGGCUCAGUUGCAGAGAUCCAUAUUCCUGCAGAUCUGGGCUACGGGGCCAACGGGGUUCCACACAUCGUGCCGCCGAGCAGCGACCUCCUUUUUGAGGUGCACAUACUGGAAGUCGAUGGUACCCAGUCGGCCGUGCAGCGUUUGCAGAGUGGGUCAUUGCUGACGGAGGCGAAAGAGGACUCGGCAGGCUGCCUGAAGCUUCCUUGGUGGUUGGCUCGAGUGGAGUCUCUGCCACCAUCUCAAUACUACCUGAACUUCUGUCGCGAGACCGCCGCUGGCCACGUGCCGCCCUUGCUUGAGUCGGCGCGGAGCAUUGCGCGAAGAAGCAGCACCGAGUUCGACAACUUCGAUGUCGGGAAAGCCUCGGAGCCUUUCAUCGUGGUCGACAUGCAGGAAGGCUGGCCUGCACAAGACACAUGGGAUCUUUCGUGGCUCGCAUCAAAGUUGGGUCGCACUCGUCAGCUCGUCAAGUGGCUUGGGCCCAUCUUCACUCGCCAGGAAAAUCUUUGGGAAGCGCCCGUAUAUGAAGCUUCUCUAAGUGAGUAUGCCGAUUACGUUCGCGAGCUGGAGAGAUUAGAUCCAGACUGCAAAGACGAGAAUGCGGCGAGCUGUCCCAGACUGUACUUGAACGGUUGGCCGGCCUUUGCUCAACUACCAUGGCUUCGGAGUUAUGUGGUUCCUGGGGGUGAGGGGAUCGCAGAUGCUGCUGCUUCUGCAGAUAUGAUCCUGGAGGAUCUGAACUCCUUGCUGAUUCGAGAGUCGGAGGCCCUGCGAGAGUCGCUCCUCGAGGGGCUCACGGCUCGGGGCAGCUAUCAGCCGCCUGAUGCAGAAGAGCAGAAGCAGAAGCUGCAGAAUGAGGACUGGGACUUGACAAAAGUCUUCAUCUCGCCGAAGGGUGCCAUCACGAGGUUGCACUUUGACAACGGCGGCCUGGCUUUCUCAGAUGGAAGGCCGGAAGAUGUUUGUGCGCUGGACUUAGGGCAUGCUUACUGGGUGCUCGCUUGGUUCCUGCUUGGGCCUGACGGACAGGACUUUUUCCGAAGGACGCAGUCAAGUAAAGCUUUGCAGCAGCUCUCUACCAUUCCACUGCGAUGGUAUAGCAGCAUGCAGUGCCGUUUGCUGCGCUUGCUGCGCCGUGGUCUUCCUGCACGGGCUUCCGCAACGGGUCGGCGUGGGCAGCCUGUGUGGCUCCUCCUCGGGGUCGGAGUGGCAGGAGCAGCCGUGAGCAGGCAUGGCCUCCAACCAGUGGCUUUCGAAGCUCCCGUCGAUAGAGCCGCACUCAUCUACAAGAUUCAGCAAGGCGACGUCGCUGCCGUACUGAAAGCUCUGCAAGAAGGUGGCAUCGAUGAGCCGUUGACCUCUAUUGGCCAGACGGCUUUGCACAUUGCAUGUGCGUCCGGGACUUUGCCACUCGUAAUCGCUUUACUUAAAGCUGGGGCAAACGCAAGCGCCAGAGACAGGACAGGUGCGUCCUGUGUGGCUUUGGCAAGCACGGCAGGACACGCACAUGUGCUGGAAAAGCUGCUGGAGGUGGAGGAAAUUCUCCUCGAAACGUACGAUGUGGCCGGGCUCACGCCGCUGCACAAGGCCGUUGGCUUUGGGCAUCCUGGAUGCCUGCGCCGUCUCCUGGAAAAUGGACGGAUGGAUCCUAAUAUCUGCACCGGUGAGGUGACGAUCCCUGCUGAGUUUGAACCUGCCCCCUCCAGAUACGAAACGGCGCUCCAUGUCGCUUCCAGACUAUUGACCAGGGCCAUCAACAGCCCAGACGGUGCAGGGUCCUCCGAGCAGCAGCAGGAACAGCAGCGGGAGAUCAUGCAGAUCUUGGUAGACUUUGGAGCAGAUCCCACAGCAAAGGACAUCAAUGGAGACACGCCUUUGCAUUUCUGCGCGCGCAAUGGUGAUUCGUGGGGCCUUGCGCUUCUUCUGGCACAUGCUGUGGAGCCCACCGAGGCGUUGCGAAUUCACAACAAAGAGGGCCGGGAUGUGUGGAGCUACAUGACAUCUCCCCUUCUGAAGCUGCAAGUGGCACUGAAGACGGCUUGGAUCCUAGUGAGGAUUUCACAGUCACUCAAAGCUGCAGGUGCAGCUUGA